CCCGUUUUGCUCUCUAUUCGUGUUAUCUCCCUCCCUAUCGGUUGUGGUUAAUUGAUGACCCAUCAAUCGAUAAUAUCUCAAUACAUAAUAGCACACUAAUGUACCUACAGCUGCGGAAGAGGCGAGUCGUCUUGUCCUUGAGCUACAGAUCAUCGCCCGGGAUGCUGGCCAUCCGGUGCCUCUGCUAAUCGCCUUGGACCAAGAGAAUGGUGGUGUAAACAGUCUGUACGAUGAAAUAUAUAUCCGCCAAUUUCCCAGUGCCAUGGGAAUUGCAGCUACAGGGUCGAAGACCCUGGCUCAUGAUGUGGCUGUGGCAACAGCUCAGGAGCUCAAAGCUGUAGGGGUCAAUUUCAUUCUAGGCCCCGUUCUAGAUGUUUUGACCAACGUGCGGAGUCAGCCUCUAGGCGUGCGUACCACGGGUGAUGACCCCCAGGAGGUUUCGCUGUAUGGGGUUGAAUACAUGAAAGGCUACCAGGAAGCGGGUCUCGUGACAUGUGGCAAGCACUUUCCAUCUUACGGCAAUCUGGAGUUUCUAGGGUCCCAAACCGACGUUCCUAUCAUUACCGAAUCAUUAGAACAGCUAAGUCUGACUGCACUUGUUCCAUUCCGCAACGCUAUCAACCAUGGCUUGGACUCCAUGAUGGUUGGGGGUGUUUCCAUGUCUUCCGCAGGAGUCAAUGUGAUGCAUGCUUGUCUGAGUGAGCAGGUAGUUGAUGAUCUGCUGCGUAAGGACAUGAAAUUCAAUGGUGUAGUUGUCUCAGAGUGCUUGGAAAUGGAAGCUCUGACUCAUAACAUCGGCGUUGGCGGUGGGACAGUUAUGGCCAAAAAUGCAGGCUGCGAUAUCAUACUGUUGUGCAGGUCGUUCCCCGUGCAGCAGGAAGCCAUUAACGGAUUGAAACUCGGAGUAGAAAAUGGCAUUAUUGGCCGAGGACGAAUAGAACAAUCCUUGCGUCGAGUAUUGAGGAUGAAGGCCAAAUGCACUUCUUGGGAGCAGGCUUUGAACCCACCAGGACUCACUUCACUUAUACAGAUGCAACCGACACAUACGAGCCUCUCCACAAGAGCAUACAAUAGCUCCAUCUCUGUGGUGCGGGAUAACCAAAAUUUGCUGCCCUUGGCCAACAUUCUUGAAGCACACGAGGAACUCUUGCUUCUCACCCCAUUGGUGAAGCCUCUGCCUGCUUCGGCAGUGUCUCACUCGUUGACUGAGAAUCUGGCCUUGUCCCUUGAUCCGAUGGCAUUGGAUCGAACAGCCUCGGUCCUCAGUGGUGAGAGUGUCUUCAAGGAAUUGGGAAGGUCUCUCUCCCGUCAAAGGAGCGGCCGUGUAUUGCACACCUCCUACACCUCCAACGGUGUCCGUCCAGUCCAUGAGAAUCUUAUAGCGCGAGCCAGCGCAGUCAUUGUCGUCACCGCCGAUGCGAAUAGGAACCUAUACCAGCAUGGCUUCGCCAAACACGUGUCCAUGAUAUGCAAGUCGCAAUGUUCGCCGGCCGGUGAACCUAGGGAGAAACCGAUGAUUGUGGUCGCAGCCAGUUCGCCGUAUGAUUUUGCCAUGGACCCAUCGAUCGGAACAUAUGUCUGCACGUACGAUUUCACCGAGACCGCUCUCCAAGCCCUAGUCAAAAUUCUCUACGGAGAAUUGACUCCGAUGGGGUCACUGCCCGGGUCUAUAAACCGUAGCCAGAAAAUUCAUCAGGCACGACAACACUGGCUCGUGGAGAAUUGGAACGAGGAGAGAGAUGGAGGUGGUUUAGAUGCUUUGCUGGAUGCAGUCAGGGCAGACAGCCCCCAGGGGCAACAUUCCGAGCUCUUGGGCGUGACAUGCAGCAGCUUUCUCCUUGGAAGAGGGGGGAUCGACGAGGCACACUUUGUAGUGCGAAACAGCAGCACCCGUGCACUGUACGGCUUCUGCUCGACGUACUUCUUCCGGUCCACAGGAACGGGAGUCAUUGGGUCGUUGAUAGUGGAUCCGUCUCGGCGCAAACUAUCAAUAGGGAAUUCUUUACAUAACCGCGCUAUUCGCACGCUUCUGCAGCGGAAAGGAAUCAGACGGUUCCAGCUAGGAUCCCGCCUGCCCGGCAUCUACCUAGGAAUCCCCGCCGCCAACCCGGUUGAGCGGAAAAGGCUGCGACAGUGGUUUGCCAAUCUGGGAUGGAACACGGCGCUUUCCCGGCCGGUUUGCAGCGUUGUGCUGCGCAACGUGUCGACGUGGACGCCGCCGGACCGACUAGUAUAUGGGCUGCAGAAUGCCGAAGUGGCAUAUGAUCUCGUGUACGGGUGGGAUUAUGCGAACACGAUCCUCGAUCACAUCAAAACCAAUUCGCGCCAGGGAGUGAUGGAAAUUUACAAGGUGGCGCUAGGAGGAGCGCCGGACUGUGGGAUUAUCCGCGCGAAACGACCCGGAGAUGGAGCGGUGCUGGGCAGUGUGGUGAUCUACAACGGGCGGGCGAGCUUGGCACAAAACAUGCCUGCACUCAAGGCCACGCAGGGCGUAAUAACGGGGGGCAUCUCAUCGCCGGUGAUUUCACCGUCGGUGGGCGAGUACGCCACCGUGAUGCAGGGGUUGAUAGUACUGGGGAUCAAACAAAUCCGCAAGCAGGGAGCAGAGGCGGUUGUUUUGGAUUGUGUGAGUGUCUAUCUGUAUUCCUUGAUAGUUUGGCCUAUGAUCUAACGGAAACAGGUUGAUGGCGACAGCAACUUUGAUUGUUUGUCAGGGAUGGGAUUUAGUAUGCUGCACAGCUUUGAAGAAGUCAACUGCGA